CUUUAUUUUCAUCUUUCCAUUGAAUAAGAAAAGGAGCUCUUGGUAAGACAUGUCGUGGAUCAGAGAAGGCGAGCUGACCAUCAUAGAGAGAUUUUGUGCCAACAUCAUUAAGGCAGGUCCAAUGCCCAAGCAUGUUGCCUUCAUCAUGGAUGGCAAUCGCCGUUAUGCCCAAAAGUGCCAUGUGGAGAGACAGCAGGGACAUUCGCAAGGCUUUGAUAAGCUGGCACAGACACUGCGGUGGUGCUUAAAUCUGGGCAUUCGGGAGGUCACUGUUUAUGCCUUUAGUAUUGAGAACUUCAAACGGUCCAAGGAGGAGGUGGAUGGACUAAUGGAUCUGGCAAGACAGAAAUUUAGCCGCCUACUGGAAGAACAGGAGAGCUUGAGGAAGCACGGCGUGUGUAUCCGUGUCCUCGGGGACCUGCCACUUCUGCCCUUGGAUAUUCAGGAGCUGAUUGCCCAAGCUAUGCUGGCAACUAGGAACUACAACAAAUGCUUUCUAAAUGUCUGCUUUGCAUACACAUCGAGACAUGAAAUCAGCAAUGCUGUCAGGGAGAUGGCAUGGGGAGUGGAACAAGGACUGCUCGAACCCAGUGAUGUGUCUGAAUCGUUGCUUGAUAAGUGUCUGUACACCAACAACUCCCCUGACCCAGACCUCCUGAUUCGAACCUCUGGAGAGGUUCGGUUGAGUGAUUUCUUGCUCUGGCAGACAUCCCAUUCAUGCCUGGUGUUUCAGUCAGUCUUGUGGCCAGAAUAUUCCUUUUGGAACUUGUGUGAGGCUAUCCUUCGGUUCCAGAUGAACUACAGUGCUUUACAGAAGGCCAGAGACUCCUACAUGGAGGAAAGGAGGCGACAACAGAUGGAAAAGGAUCAGGCUUACGUGACAAAGAAGCUGCAGCAGGAGGGGUUUGCGUCCCACGGAGACUCUCGGCGGCGACGGACGCUGUUGCAGAAAUGCACUGCCAUGCGGGAAGAGAGAAUCCAGGGCUUUCUACAGGCACUAGAGCACAAGAGAGUGGACUUCUUUGAAAGAUUGUGUACGGUGUCUGCAUGACAUAGGUGCUGGGUUGUUCUUGGGAAAACAAUUUUUAACCUUGUUAGAGGGAGCAGCUGCUGCCCAGAGGAAUUCACUCAGUGUGGUUCUGCAGUGGGGAUGCAGGGCUGCUGUAGGACUUUACGUACCCACUGGCCCUGUCUGAGGGCAGGGACAGAAUACUGUGAACCUCUCUAGUUCUGUGAAUGCUGCCGAGGAAGGUAAUGUCGUCCUUCUGUCUCGUCUCCCUGCCCCUGAUGAUGGAGAAUACACGCACCCUGCCGUAUCUCCGCUGCUUGGU